AUGACUGAGAGCGUCGAAUUAACACUGAGCUACGCAGGACAGUCGCACAAGAUGACAGUGCCGCUUUGCUCUGCAAACCCCAAGGAUGACUUGAGCUACGAGCUUGUGCGAGCUAAGGUUCAAGAGACAUUUCCACGACUCUUGGACCAGCGCUGGACACUAGUCUACCGCGACGAUGAGGGCGAUGUUGUCACCGUCUCGCACAGUCUCGAAUUCGACGAGGCUUGUCACGUGUUGUUCGCAAUGAAUCCCCAGGACAAUGAUAAGCUUCGCACACUGCACUUUUUUGUGCUCAAGCGCGUCACUUUUCGUGAUAAAUUAGUUGCACCCGUUCUGCAAAAAAUUAUGGAGCUCGCCCGCCUGGCGCGAGAAGCCACGAAGUACAUGCGCAACGUCGAGGUGAUUGAAAAGAGCCGCAAGUCCGUGGUGAAGCUCGCCAACAAUGCCGUAAACCAGGCGGGUGAAACCAUUAACCAAAUUCGUAACAGUGAAGUGCUGGGCCGCGGACGCGCGUCAUUGGGCAAUUCAGCUGCUCACACGCGAACAUUAUUGCUAUCUGCUCGCAGUGGGGUGAGUACACAAUUGCGACGAGCAAGCUCGGCCGUUGUGGCUGGUAUUGAACGCCGACGGUCAUCAAGCGGCUCAGUGAGCGACUUUGAUCCAACAAAUUUCAUCAAACCUUCCGCUUCCGUCACAUCGCCAUCAAUGGAGUUGGCAGAGACUGUAGAUCUGCGACAACCGGUCGUAGUUACAACGUUAGCACCAACAGAACUUACAGCAGAGGAAAGCGAUGAUGAGCCGCCUGCCCUUCUUAUGGCAACAGAUGCUGGUGUCGAAAUUAUAUCGGGAUCACUCUACGAGUCAGACACCGACACUUUGUGCGACGACGACGACCGUGAUUGGAACAAUAUAGGCGCUGCAUCUGGCAAGGAUGUUAUUGUUGAAUCAGAUGGCGAUUGGAGUCAUCAACUUAAUGUUAUUCGGGAAAUUCUUGGGCAAGUGGACGAGGAGCGUUGCUAUGACUUGCUAAACCAAUACAACGGUGAUGUUGAAGUCGUUCUCGUCGAGCUCACAAAGAUGUAA